ACACCUGUGUAUCACGUCACAUCUAUGUUGGAAAGCAGACGUGUCUUCGCAGUCCGCUGCCGGGGUCGCGCUGAGGGGCUGCCGGACCUGAAGAGUUUCCUCUCGGCGGGCGAGAACCAGCGAUUCUACCGUAUCCGAAUCAACAAGGAACCGGGACUUCAAAACCAGGAUUGGUUGGGUUCAUCUGAGCAGUACGCCAUCCCUUUGCUUCCCUGGAACGCUUUGUAGCGCUGUUGGAUAACACUUUUUAUUCGUUUUUUUUGCUCCCGUAUUUGCACGUAAUUUUGCAGGGCGGAGACGAACGAUUGUAAGAAAAUCAUAGCCAUUUAUAUUCUAGGCUUGAACGGCAGAAGUGAGCGGCCAAGCUGAAACACAAAAUGCCGUGUAUGCGGAGGAUUUAAAAAACUUUUUUUAUAUACCGAAAGGAAAAGUAAUGGAUCUCAUCCUGCACAAUAUUCGGUGAGAAAGGGCUGUGCGUAGACUCAUCAACUGCAAGCUAGAAGUAAUGUUCCACUUUUUAAAACCCCACGUGCAUCCAGUUGUUUUUGUAAGAAGUACAAAAAAUUAUUUAUGCUGAAAGACAUUUACAGCACAGCGCCGACGUGGACCCUAACCUGAUCAGCUUGGCUGCAUUGUUUCGGGUCCGUUUGCCGUAACUUGAACGCUGGUUGAAAAUAUAAUACACGUAUAGAAUCCGGACUGUCUUGGUUAGUCUGUCGGCGUGUCGUCCUGGUAGCAUAGACGUCGCUGGAGAUCAUGAGGAAUACCGAUGAGGCGGAUGGGUUUGAUGGCGAGGCCUCAAACACUUCUAUGAUUUCGGGGGCGAGUAGCCCCUACCAGCCCACCACGGAGCCCGUGCGCCCACGGAAUGUCCUGGGAGGCAUCAGGUGUGACAACGAGUAUCUGCGGUCAAACUUCGGCGUUUUGAAAAUCAUUGAAGUGGUCCUCGCUCUCAUUUCCUUCAUCUGCAUAGAGACCAUCAUGAUGUGCCUACCUUGUGGGGGGGUCUACUUUUUCGAGUUUGUCAGCUGCAGUGCCUUUGUGGUCACUGGUGUCCUCCUCCUGCUCUUCAGCCUCAACCUGCACACCAAGGUGGCCCACAUCAACUGGAACCUCACGGAUCUACUCAACACUGGCAUCAGCACAUUCUCCUUCUUCCUGGCCUCCCUGGUUCUGGUCGCGCUGAAUCACAACAUCGGAGCGGAGAUCGCAGCAGGGAUAUUUGGCUUCCUGGCUACGGCGGUCUACGCCUUCAACACAGUCUUGGCGUUGAGGCGGCUGCGGCAAGGGGGGCGGCCGAGUGCGGGGCAGACGGGUGAUUACACACGGGCCCGCACCACGUCCCGCGGGGAGGUGGAGUCACGACCCGAGCUGCACUGAGCGUCCGAAUCGCAGCCAUGGAGCCGGCCGCACUGGGGAGACCCCCACGUCUGACCUGUUCUCCCCGGGCCCUCGAAGUUGGGGUUGAAACUUGACCCCAUUUUAGGGAUUCAUCUUCCAAGACCCACCUUGGCCUCUCCGCACCAGUAGCAGGUUGGCUCUGUGAAUCUUAAGUCAGUUUCACAUGGAUGAAGGGAUAUUUCUUCGUGAGACGGCUUAUCACUACGCGACGUCUUUAACCUACUCGAAUACAGAUCGUUUGCUUUACAGUGGAACCCAGCUAUUUGACGGCACUAAGCCUAAGGAUUAAAGACCAUUUUCUAAUCAUAAAUCCAAUCCAAGGGUUACAAAGUGCUUCUCCAGACAAAGUAGGUUUCAUCUGGGCUGCUGUUAUUUCUGGUCUGUAGUAAGUGUGCCUGAAGGAGCUCCUGUGCAGACCUUGGCUGAUGUUUAUCAGAGUUGUUUCUGGGUCCAUGAGCACAUUCCCAGUUAGCAUUCUCAUUUAUAGCAUUUUAAAAUGCUAACGUGAAAUUCGGUAAAGGACAAUCCACAGCUAACAUCAAAUGAAGUGAGUCUUUCUUAUGUAUGAAAUGCAAACAUGCGUCAUGAGUAACUGGGUCGAUACCAUGCAGGAUAAGAGGAAUGAAACUGGAUAAAUCGGCAGCCACGGCCUGAUUCUGUCUUUCAGGAGGCCGUGGUAGCGUGACCCUAUUUGCCUACAAGUGAAAAUGCUACUCGAGAUGUAUAAUUCGCAUUAUGGGUUUAACACAUCUACUGUUUAAGGGUCAAUCCUCUGAAGGAGUUCACUUACCAACACCUUUACAUUGUCUGUAUGCAGCAUAAAGAUACCUGUUAAACUGCAGAGGUCACUCUCACUAUAUACACACAUAACGUAACAUAUUUACAGUGCCCUGACAAAAAACGGAAAUGGGUGUUUUUGUAGCUAAUGUGGUUUUAACGAGACAUCGUUAUCUCUGGACCCCACAUCCUGAUAAAGCCUCCAGGGUAGCUUUUAGAGAAAUUGCAAUGUCUCUCAUCUCGAUCUCAUCUUUUUAGAAGUGUGUAGAACUAGCAAAGUGUUCCUCUGCCACGUGAAUCACAAUAGUAGGACACGAUUCCAGUCUUGGAUGCUGGUACGGGGCUGUGGGAAGAAUAUUUGGGAAAGGUUUCCAUGCCCACAUGCCAGAGGUAUUCUUACUGGAUUAAGGGACUUGGGAAGUAGGGAGAGGUUUCUGAUUGGUGGGUUUGGUGUCUCCUGUUGCUGUGCUUGGGCCUAGUUGCCAUGUAUGGAGAAUUGUGGGAAGUCAAGCAUCAGUAAAGGCCUUAUUCAUGGAGCGAUCCAGCGUCACAACUGGGGAAUGUGAUGAGCUGGUCCCGCCUGUCCUGUCUCUCAGCCUAAACCCCAGCCGACACAGACGUGGUUCUCCACGGCACACGAGGGCUAUGUUGUGUAACAAUCUGUUUUUAAAUGCUUACUGUGAAAUCAAGCUUGUAGAUAUGAGGUGGGGUGGGUGUCUGUGUUUUAUGAUGGUAAGGAAGGCUGUUAUGAGAGUGGGGAAGCAUGACCAACCGUGGUGUUUUAAGAUUGUUUCCGAAUGUUCCCCCUACAAUUCUAUUUAUACACGUACGUUAAUUAUUUGUGUGUGAUUUUAUAAAGCUGGAGGAUAUGUCUUUAUAUUGGCUGAAUGAUUUAACAAGUAGCUGAUCUAAACCACUUGUUUAUGUGCGUUUGAUGGCGCCCUGAUGGAAGAUGUGUGUCCAUUACAAAUCGGUGCCUUUGGUUAUGGAACCAGCACAGGUGAGACGCGACCAGCCCUAUUUAUAGCUUAACUUAUUGAUAUGGCGUGCAGUGUCUCUAAAACUGUGUGCUAAUUAGUUUGCGAGUAGACUUGGACUACACUCCUUUGAAUUAAAUCGCGUGCGGGAUGCAGUAUGUGCUGCAAAAGUUACCGCAGUGAGUCGAAACACUCGCAACGCUCAUUUUUACUAGGGUAUCUCUGAACUGCCGGUUGUAAUCUUUUAUUUUUGAAUCACGCCACUUCCACCUCCUCUAAAUGAACUGAUCCUGAUCUCCGUUAUUGCCACCAUUUAACGAAUAAGCAAAUAUUCCAGAUGGCACCGGUUGUCACCUUCGUUGUUGUGGCGACAGGGACAGUAGUUUAGAAACUGCUUGUAUGGAUGAUUUACUCUAGCAGUACAGUGAUGUCUCUUACUAACAGUUUGCAUUAAACUUUUUUUUUUCUUCAUUCAGUAAUUUUGCUUACACUACCCUCAGACCCACCCCUCAUUUGUCCUACAAUAUUUCAGGCUGAAUACAUGGCUGUACAAACAAUCUCUGCUGAAAUAUCACUGACGUGUACCACUAACUUUCAAGACAAAGUCUAACAAAAUGACUUAUCAAGGUGAAGUAUUAGCAGUGUAAUGUAAAAUUUAUUUAUGUAACUUUACAAACAUCACAGUACCUAAUUUCUCUUUUUUUUUACUUCCGGCCAUGCAUUGAUGUUUGACGUGCUGUUUAUUUAACGUGAUGUUUAUUCUACUAGCUCGCAAUAUCGCUUAACAUGUAUUCUGUCCAUUCUGCUUUAAUUUAUUUUAACGAGUGUCCUCUAUUAAAAUCAUUAAUUUUUUUAUAUGCAUUCCCAAUUGUAUUUGUAUAAUUCAGUGUAAAUUUAUCAGUGCUAAUAAGUAGGCUUACAACUGAAUAAAUUGUUCUGCUUCUUG